CAGAGUCGAUAACAAAUGAACGAUAAUGGUGGAGCAUACACAAAAAUGACCCGCUAUUCCAAAUUCAAGACCACAAUGUCAUCUUUUGAGGCGGGAUUUCAGUUCCUUCUAGAGAGGCCAUGGACCUCACUCACCAGUUUGGUCAUGGCCGGAUUGGUUGUGUACUACCAUUUGAAGGUGGUAGCUCCGGUGAAGUUUAUUUGUAAGAAAGGCUCCCAGUUGGAGAAGCUUUUCCGCAAGUCCUUGCCAGUGGCCAAUGAGAUGUUCAAACCGACCAUUUGGUGUUUUGAGGCUCGAUUCCAAACUGUUUUUGCCAGCGUUUGCCGCGCAUUCAUCCCUGAUAUCCCCUACAGACGAGAGAUUUUGAAACUCUCCGAUGAUGGAGAGGUUGGAUUGGAUUGGUUGGACAAUGACAAAGAACUACCUCUCCCAAGAGGGCGAAAAAGCGCGGGAAAAACUCGUGGCCGCCAUGGCUAUUUCCGUUUGCUUCGAUUGCUUUAAGGGAACAGAAAGCUUGGAGAAAUAUGGGAUGAACCGUAUGCUCAAUCGACACCUAGCUAGUUGUCUUGUUGAUUCAAUCAAAGAGGUCCGGCACCAUUUUGAUUCGAACGCCUUGUACAACUUGGAAAAGGUCUUUUCUAGUGGAACCAUCCGGGAGUUUGACUCCACCUUCACCGCACCUCUAUUCGGCUAUUCAGAUGUCAAGGAUUACUACACCAAUGCAACUAUUGCCGGAAAGAUUCACAAAAUUAGGAUUCCAUAUUUGGCCUUGAACGCGGAAGACGAUCCCUUUCAACCUGGCGAUAGCUUGCCGUACGAGGAAGUCGCGCGGUCAGAUUAUGCAUCCAUGCUAUCAACGAAAUACGGCGGACACAUCGGAUUUAUGGAGGGAUUCUUUCCGUCCCGAUAUCACUUCUCAGACCGAGUAUUCCAACAGUAUGCAGGAGCUGUGUUUCACCAUUUGGACGAGUUCCGGAGUUUGAAUCAGAAAGAAUAAGCCCGAAGAGUCCGUUGAAGUACCAACCUUUACCUUAAGAGCACAAAUCACAACCUAGCCAGCAUACUAUCCGGACUCUCGGCAGUUCAACAUGCAUAACUGUUUAUUACUCACACAACUUGAGGAUGUUAGAUAUUUUUUGGGAGUUGCAAUCAGUGCCACUGACAACAAUUGGAUCCCUGUAAAUAUGAAACACACCCAACAUUGUCAGAUUUGCCAAAUUCAGAAAUAAAACACAUAUUUAAUAGUUGACAAUGACAGGUUCGACCGCGCUCAAAAUUACAGAUCUACCAGUUUAGAGGCUCUUGAAGUGAGCAGUAAUUUGCUCGCCUUUGUACCUUUCCUUCUUUGACUUCCCGAUUUAUGACCAAGUCAGACAACUCAAGGCUGCAAACAAAACAGGGUUGAAUUCUCAAAACUUAGGACCCACCUUCCAACAUAUUGCCCUACUUAAAGUAUCUUGAUCACACAGCCAUGAAUUCAUUAUCCGAGUCAGUGUUCAUUGCCCGAGAAAUACUGGAAGAAAUCAUCAGUUCAGUGGGUCCUAGUCAACCAUAUGAACACGACGUGCCCGAGCCCUUUGACGAAGACGACGAUGCCUUCCAUCCGUCCAAUGGAGGAUCCUCGCCGGAUUACUAUUAUCCCCAGUCCAUACCCCAAUCUCGAUUCUUGGCUCCGGGAAAAGGAGAUCGCGAUUCGGGCUACGCUUCGAGCCUCUUCAGUACCAGUAGUCGUGGUUGGUCUUCUCGAUCUAGUUCCGAAUCUGCCACUUCCCCUGUCAGCGUCAGCUCCGAAACUUCUCUCUUGACUAGUUUAUGUCGGGAAUGGACUUUGGAAGACCCUAGGAUCCUGGAUAACUUUCGCACCAAUUAUGGCUUGGUGGAUCUCGACCGUUUGUACCCUUGCAAACCUGAAGAACCCUGUCUGUUGGAUAAGAUCCUCAUGGCUGAUCAAGCCCUGAUCCAAAAGCGUGCCGCUCUCUGGCGCAAGUCCAUGGCCUUCAAUCUCAAGUGCGGAAAGUGAGACCUUGAAAUGAAGGAUGAUGAGAGACUGAAAACCACGUUUCUACAGAGAGAAGCGAAUCCGGCUAGUGGAUUUAGUGAUGAAGAUGUUGAUUGUUUGACCCCGCUUGACCAAGAAAUUCUAGUUUAUCUGUGUCUUUGGGCUGUGACUGACUCGACAAUGUCGAAUUUCGAAGUCGCAGGCCUCUUAUGUACAUGAUGCGUCUGCUCUUUAGUUGCAACAGCAAGUAUUUGUGAAAGUACUUGGAGAAGACCUAUCAGAGACUUCUUAUACAUGUAAUAAUAAACCCGAUGCUACUACUUUAGUAUAAUCUGUGACUGGAUAACGAAAGAAAUAAACAAUCGUCAGACCUGA